AUGAGUCACGCCGCGGACCCCGGCCGGGCGGCAGUGGCCUCUGCCUACCAGCGCUUCGAGCCCCGCGCCUAUCUCCGCAACAACUACGCACCGCCUCGCGGGGACCUGCGCAGCCCCGACGGCGUCGGGCCUUGGAAGCUGCGUUGCCUGGCUCAGACUUUCUCUACUGGUGAGGUGUCUGGACACACCCUCAUAGACAUUGGCUCUGGUCCCACCAUAUACCAGCUGCUCAGUGCCUGCAGCUACUUUGAGGACAUCACCAUGACCGAUUUCCUGGAGGUCAACCGUCAGGAGCUGGGACUCUGGCUGCGAGAGGAACCCAUGGCUUUUGACUGGAGUGUGUACAGCCAGCAUGUCUGCCUCAUCGAGGGCAAGGGUGAAUCCUGGCAGGAGAAGGAACGUCUGCUGAGAGCCAGAGUGAAGCGAGUCCUCCCCAUUGAUGUGCACCAGCCUCAGCCUCUGGGAGAUGGGAGCCUGGCACCCCUGCCUGCUGAUGCCCUGGUGUCUGCCUUCUGCUUGGAGGCGGUGAGCCCAGACCUUGCCAGCUUCCAGCAAGCCUUGCACCACAUCACCACGCUGCUCAGGCCUGGGGGGCACCUCCUCCUCAUUGGGGCCCUGGAAGAGUCGUGGUACCUGGCCGGGGAGGCCAGGCUGGCUGUGGUGCCAGUGUGUGAGGAGGAGGUGAGGGAGGCCCUGGUGCUGAGUGGCUAUGAGGUCCGAGACCUUCGCACCUACAUCAUGCCUGCCCAUCUCCGCACAGGGGUGGAUGAUGUCAAGGGCAUCUUCUUUGCUUGGGCCCAGAAGAAAGGGGGGGUGGAGGUGUGA